CAAAAUCACCCAAAAAUUAUAUAAAUUCUCUACCAAACCCUAAUUUCUUUCUCUCCCAACAACACAACUUCUCUAUCUCCCCCUUGUAUAACACACGCAGAAAUAGCUAUAAUUUAUUUAUUAUUAUUAUUUAUUUUUUUGUGUACAUACACAGAGAUUUUUGUAUGGAGAGCCAAAGGGUGUAUGUGAAAUGGAGAGAGGUGUUUGUGCUGAGUGAGAGAGGGAGAAAAGAGGUGAGAUAUUACUUGAAGAGGAGAGAUGGGGUCUCAGAUCUGGUGGUGGUGGGCAAAGAAAGGAGGGAUUUGAAGGUGUAUAGGUACAAUAUCAGGGAGACAUCUUUGGUGGGUCAAGCUGAUUUCAAGCUCAAGUCAAGAAAAGAUGUGAUUGAGUGGCUGAAUUCUGUUAUUUCAGGUUCAAACUCACAUAAUCAUCACCCCCCAGUGCCUGUUGGUGGGGUUUCGGAGGUUAUCAGUGACUGCCAGCCUAGUUCACAAGCGAAGGAUGGUCAAUUACAGAAGCCAGGGAAGCAUGGUACUGAAGUUCUAUGGGUAGGUUCUGCAACGGCUUUGAAGAAAAAGAGGAAGCAUUAUCAAUCAUUUCAACGCAAUGGUGUUAAAAUAUCGGUCCAUGACUUUGUUUAUGUAUUAGCAGAAGAAGAUAAACCGCUUGUUGCCUACUUGGAUGAUAUGUAUGAGGACUCCAGAGGCAACAAAAUGGUUGUGGUACGAUGGUUUCACAAAAUUGAUGAGGUUGAUAUUGCUUUACCUGAGACUUAUAACUAUAAUGACAGGGAGAUUUUCUUUUCUCUUUGUCUUCAAGAUCUGAAUAUUGAGUGCGUCGAUGGAUUGGCAUCGGUCCUCAGCCCCCAGCAUUAUCAAGUGUUUUUGAGAGAGGCUAGGCACACACGGUUUGAGCCAUUCAUCUGUGGUAUGCAAUUUGAAAAUGAUGAUGUCAAGCCAUUCGAUAUUACUCAAGUCAAAGGCUAUAGUGAACAAAAAAUAUUUGACUACAUGCUUCCUACAUCUCCGUCUACUAAUGCCGAGAAUUUCCUUGCCAAAGAUGGUCUAAAAUUGGAUGUAGAGUGUAAUGAAAACUUCACUGUUAAACCUAAGAAGAGGCUUAGGCUUUCUAAUAAAUAUGGUGCAUGUUUACAGCCGGCCAACAAGUCUCAGGGACUGUAUGAUGCAACUCGUAUGGAUCCUAAAUUGACAACUGGUUCAAACGACAAUAUUGUAGGGCCUGACCUGUCUGUGUUAAAACAGUCUGUGCCUCCUGUUUCUUUACCCCCCAGAGAGGUGGUUAUGCAGAAAUCAAAGGCUUUAACCCCUGGUGUUCAAAUUGAAGUGCAGAAAUCAACGGCUUUCUCCGUUGGUGGACAAAUUGAAGUGCUUUGUCAGGAUAGUGGCGUCAGAGGAUGCUGGUUUAGGGCACUGAUUAUCAAGAAAAAAUCAGACAAAGUUAAAGUUAGGUAUUUGGAUCUGAAGGAUGCUGCUGAUGAAGUCAAUAAUUUAGAGGAAUGGCUUUUAGCUUCAAGGGCUGCUGUCCCUGACGAAUGGGGCUUCCGGAUUUCUAGGAGGAAAACUGUUAGGCCAGCACCAGUACACAGUAAACAUGGUGGCGAAAAAGGUGGUGAUGGACUGAUUAUAAAAGAUGGCACUGUUGUGGAUGUGUGGUGGCAUGAUGGUUGGUGGGAAGGCAUCGUAAUUCAGAAAGAAUCAGAAGAUAGUAUCCAUGUUUACUUCCCAGCUGAAAAACGCGAGUCAGUUUUUUGUUGGAAGGACCUCAGACCUUCUCAAGAAUGGUUGGGAACUGGAUGGAAACAGAUGGGAGAGAGACAAGAUCUUCUGACUUCAAUGUUGCCCAAACUCGAUAGGAAGCCAGAUACUCUUAUACCUUGCCAGUCUGUAGUAUGUAUUGACAAACUGCAGCUAGGUUUUGAUCAGGAAGGUAAAUUAUCAAACAGCAAUAACACGGAUGAUAAAUAUGUAGCACGAGACAUUGUGAAAGAUGAUCUACUGGAAAAAUUGAAAUGGAAGACUUCAGGAAAGAGAAAACGCAGUCCGAAUUCCUCUCGGAAGCCAUUCUGCAGUGAGACUGUGAAUAGAAAUCGUGUCAGAGCUUUUGGAACUCGCACAUGGGAGAAGUUUUUCAUUUCAUCGUCGGCGAAAGUUGAUCAUGAGAACUGCAAAAAUACCAGAGAAUCUGCCUUCAGUUCGCCAGUUGUUUCUCCUCUAUCGAACUUGGUUUUGUCAAGGUGACCCCUGAUUCAAUUGCUGUUCAUUCAUUAAUAGAUAGAUAUACCUCCUUUUGGCUUUAGGUUUAGAUUAGUUGACUUUAGACACUGAUCUGAAUUUUUUUAGUUCUUUAGUAGUCUGCAAUUCGGUCAACUCCUUGUACACCUUUCUGUAGACACAACUAAUACAUUGAAAGUCCCCAUUGUAAUUAUUGUUAAAUCUGUACAAAGUCACAUCUAAUAGCCUGGGUCAGGCAGUAAUUUUGAUGCAGUAAAACAACAAUGUUUCAGACUCCAAA